CGAUUCCGAAUUUUGCCAAUUCCGGGAUCCUGCAGAAAUCAGUUUCACCCUAAAUGGGAAUAUAGCCGCUGCAUGAGUGACAUUUAAACUGUGUAUAAUACUGCGUGACAUUAAGCAGAGUACCUACAUAUUAAGUUGGCAUCCAACCUCAGCCGUCCACAAUCGGCCGUGUUGGUAGCCCGGGGAUCACCCAUAGUGGUUACUGGUUAAGCUGUUUGAAUGCGUACGAAAAGGGUUCUCGAACGCCGAACGAAUGCGGCAUCAGUGCUGCAGCAUCUUCAUCAGGGCCAUCUGCCCCUACCCCGCAGUGUCUGCCCUGACAAGAUUUCGUCGACCCCUGCCACGUUUUGCAGACUGGUAACUACUUAUGUAUGUAAAAUGCUCUUUGGCUCCAGAGACUGGAGACACCCCUGUUUUCGGCUCGCUGUUCUGCAGGUGCUAGCCUGCCGGCCGACCAGCCAGCAACCCUGGAAGCGGACGGGCCCGGGCCGGCCCGCGGCUCGGUCGACAGCCCGCGCCCGGACGCUGCCCCAGGCAGCAAGCGACGCUCGCGGCCCGGCUCUCUGACCGGCGACCAGAAGCGCUGCAAACUCUCCACCAGCCGGCGACGGCAUGCAACCAGUCCGGAGAUGAACUCAACGUCGAAGAAGAGAAAGAAGAGGAGUUAUAGACAUAGAAGAUACUUGGAGGUCCCUCGGUCCCCGGCACCGGGCCAUGCUCAGUCGCAUGCAGCUCAUGUCCAGUCACCUUCACAGCCGUUGCCUGAGUCAGAGAAAGACUCCCGGCCGCGCCCGUUCACGUCCGAACCAUGGACAGCGUUCCCGCAGGAUAAGCACCGCUCGGAGGCUGGGCCGAGACCAGCACCUCACCACCGGGGAUCGGCAGCCGCGGGCGGCAGUCGGUGCGGCCGCGGCCCGCUCCCUCCCUCCGCGUCCGCCAGUCGUCCGGCGACCGCAGUCGGUGGGCGACCUGUCGGCGCCCUCACCGGAGGGAACUGUCAGCCUGCCUCGGGCCCAGCGGCCGUCGGCGCCGGUACCUGUCAGAAGAACACUCAGCCGGCCCGGGCCCCAGCGGCCGCCAGCGCUGGCACUGCGAGGAACUCCUUUCAGAGAAACUCUCAGCCUGCCCCAGCCUCUGCUGAAGGAAGGAACUCGUUUCAGAGAAAUUCUCAGCCUGCCCCGGCCUCCGCUGUAGCAAGGAACUCGUUUCAGAGAAACUCUCAGCCUGUCCCGGCCCGACCGGCGGCCAGCACCGGAGGAAACUCCUGUCAGAGGAGCACUAAGCCUGUCGCGGCCCGAGCGGCCGCCGGCGCCGGCUCCACGGCCGUCCGACGGGACAGUUCGGGGUCUGACGAGUUCACCUGGGAGGACGAGCCGCUGCCGCCUGUGGAGCGGCCCGAGCCGCGGCGGGGCAGGCAGUCGCCGCCGGCGGCAGGAGGUGGCUUCGUCGCCGCCACUCCGCCGGCGGACGGAACAGAGACGGCGGCGAGCGGCGACCGGCGCCUGCCUGAGGACGACGACCGGUCCGCGGCCGAUGGGACGCCAGAGGAGGAGAUGGAGGGGGAAGAGGGCGUGGUCAGUGCCGGCCAGGACCGCGCCGAGCCUGUGAGCAACAACCAGGACCGUGGCGAGUCGGCCAGCUCGGUGGAGACCAUCACUGUGACGGUACAGUAUCCGCAGCACUCGCCGGCGGCGGAGGCGGAGGCCGUUUCGGCCCCUGCGCCCGAGUCUGUGGACGAAAACGACAACUGGCUACCGGCGGCGGACGGCGGCCCGACGGUGGCCACAGACGGCGAGACCUGGUUCCGGCAGGUGGUGUCUGACACACUGCGAGAGCGGCUGGACCGCGACAGUGCCCACACGCCGCACAGGCCUGACCAGGAUUACUCGCAGUCGUCGGCCCUGCCCGACCCCCGUAUCCUCUUUCCUCCGUCCGGUGACGACGUGGAGAGCGUCCAGUCCGACCCCGGCCACUGGAGCCGCCCCGCCGCCAAUCCUCGGACCGCCUUCCAGCCGCACCCCGGCGACCCUGAGGUGACUGGGGUGUUUUACCAGAGCCAGGAGGAUUUAGUCAUGAAGGUGGCGGUCAGCGGCUCGGAGCCGGCGGUCAGCGGCUCGGAGCCGGCGGUCAGCGGCUCGGAGCCGGCGGCGCCGCCUCCGGUGUGUGUCGGCGCCAUCCCGCUGCCGCCCGGCUCGCCGCUGACCGGCGUGCCGGGCCGGCCGGUGGCCGUGCUCGGCGGCUCCGCGCGGCUGCCGGGCGGCGCGCCCGCGCGCACCUACCAGCCGGACGGGUUCGCGGUGCGCCAGUGGCGGCCCGAGGCGCCCCCCGCGAGCGGCGCCGGCGACUGGCCGAGUCUGCAGGAGGUGGCCGGCCGCAGCCGGGCGGCGACGGCCGCGCCCGCGCCCGGCUCCGCCGCCGAGCUCACCAUCCGAGAGGCGGUCCGCUUCAGCAACGACGGCGACUGGUGGACGGCCCCGCCCCCGCCGCCGCCGCCGCCGCCGCCGGGCGGGCCGGCGCCCAGUGUGCCCGGCUGGCCCGCUCCGCCCCGGGAGACCACCCUGGAGGAGCUGGUGCGCCCCCGGCCGGCGCCCAACGACUGGUGGGAACCGGACGGUGGAGCAGCUGCCGAACUGUCACUGAGGGACCUGGAGCGAGACAAGACAUCCACGGCGCCGACCGGUGUGCCGGGCACCAGUGGCGGUCCCAUCUCGCCAAGCUGUGCGCCGCACCACGGCCACUGGUCGCUGGCCGAGGGCCGCGGCGGAACCGUCACCCCGCCGGCGCCGGCCGGCCGCGGCGCGUGGCGCCCGCUCUCCCCCACUUCGCCGCCCGCGCCGGGCAGUGUGUGGCGCCCGCUGUCCCCCACGCUGCCUCCCGUGCCGGGCGCGCCGGACGGCACCUUCACGCCGCGGGUGCUGUCGUGCCGCGAGCCUCUGCGGCCCGGCGGCGGCCUGUGGCGCUCCGAGCCGCGGCCGGGCGGCGGCUUCCGGCCGCGCUACGUACCGCCCGAGGAGCGGCUGACGGCCGGCGGCGCCCGGCGCUCACUGGGCGUGCCGCCCACCACCGCAGCCGUGGACAAGUGCGGUCCGGAGGCCAUAGCGGCGUUCCGGCGCAGGAUGGGCUGCCGGGCCGGCAUCACCACCGCCUACGAUCCGGAAGCGCUAGUCGGCCUGCGGCUGCCAGUCGGCUUCAUCGACUCGCACUGCCACCUGGACUUUCUGUUCCGUCGCGACCAGGCGUUCGGCUCGGGCCUGCGCUCCAACACACUGACCGAGUUCCGGCGCCGUGUAGCGUCCGCCACCUUCCCGGCCAGCUUCGCCGGCUGCGUGGCUGUCUUCUGCGACCCCAACUACUGGCACCGGCGCGCCGAGUGGAGCCGCAUGCUGGAGGAGCCGGGGGUGUGGGCCGCGUUCGGCUGCCACCCGCACAGCGUCCGAGACUUCACCAUGGUCUCCGAACAGAUGCUCGAGCACAUACUGCGCUCAAACAAGAACGUGGUGGCGCUGGGCGAGAUCGGACUCGACUACUCCACAAAUAACAGCACCAGCCACGACAUGCAGAAGACGGUGUUCCGGCGCCAGCUGGCGAUCGGCGUGGCGCUGGGCCUGCCGCUGGUGCUGCACGUCAGGGACGCCGAACAGGACGCGCUAGACAUUGCGCUCGAGAUGGUGCCCCGUGACCACCUGAUCCACCGGCACUGUAUCACCGGCAACUGGGUGAUGGUGCGCCGCUGGAUGGACGCCUUUCCCAACUGCUACGUGGGCCUGACGCCGCUCAUCACCAACCCGCACGCGCAACAAGCCCGCUUCCUGGUGGGCGAGGUGCCGCUCAACCGGCUGCUCCUCGAGACAGACGCGCCCUACUUCGUGCCCAGCUGCUACCGGCGCGACGCAUCGGAGAUGCGGUUCUCUCACCCGGGUCUCGCGCUGCACGUGGCCGCUCAGGUGUCCCAGAUGCGGCGCAUCCCGCUGGAGGAGGUGGUGCGGGUGACGGCCGCCAACACACGCGCCAUGUACCGGCUGCCGCCACAGGAGCGGGAGGCGUUCACCGGCUUCAGCGCCCAGUGAGCCACCCUAACGGCACUCAUCGGCACUGACGGCACUCCCGGACACUCACUAACUCACGGUACACCAGGGCACUGGCGGUACUCCCGGGUACUCCUGGCUUCUCUCUGAGAGCUCGAUACUCCGUGCAGCGUAAAUGCUGAGGCCGUCGCUGUCCCGCCGAGGCCCGACUACAGGUCUCGCUGAGGAACCCUGCUCGGCUUGGGGCUGGGAGAGUCUGCCCGCGGUCCGACCAGCGUCGAGCGGGGGUAUUAUGCGGGCCAACCGGACUGAAGCUAGUCCAUAACAAGUGCCAAUUGGAUGUAAAACUCUGCCGGUUGUUUGUUAGAUGGGAGUAUUUUGCUAAUAUGGGAAACCCAGGCGCACGUCAUUGUAGGCUAUUAGAUAGUGAUAUUAGGACCCUGGGUCAAAUAUGGCCAUUGUACGCCAUUAGCGGGUAAUAGAAUCUAGCAAUUCAACAGCCAUGGACUACCUUUGUCGAUUAAUGAGAGAGCUGCUAGGCCGGUGGUUAUCUCUGGUAUGACUGAAAUGAAUUCCCUGGUUCGCUGGAGCCGGUGGUGGGAGCGGCGGUGUCCCACCCCGCCCGGUUGGCGGACCGGCCUCACUGAGACGUUCCGUGGCUGUGCCCAGACCUGUGAAUUCCUGCGCUGGCUGUGAGCCGUGCCCGAGCUUCCUGAGCUCACCUGUUCAAUGACGAGCUUACGGCGAGCUUUCAGCAGUGACUGCGGUGUGGCUGUUUGAAGAAGUACAAGAGCCGGGCGUUCGGUCGGCGGUGGACACCGGAAUCCGGCGAUAGCUGCCGUUCUCGGGUACAAUGUCGAAUCUCGCUAGAUCUCUCUGCUAGGCAGUCGUCGAUCCUAAACUCAAACAAUGUUUUCUGAUGUGUUGUCUUUCGUAAAACGUCACUUUUCCACUUGUUCUAAUCCUCGACUGAAAGGCGCGCUCAUAGAAACCAGUUGUGACUGUUGAUGCUCUCUAAAAAGCUCACAGGUCGCUCGUCUUAACAUGUUCUAAAUGUGUGUGUCCGCGGGUGCGGCGACUGCGGUGUUGUGCUGUAUCUCCCGUGUGUCCGGUACGGCAGCCGCCGACUGGUGGGUGUGUCGCUCGGCCAGGGGUGGGCGUAGGAGCGGCGCCCGCUCCCGGCCAGCCGGCCCCUCCCUAUCGAUUCGGCCCCCGCACGCGUGUGUUUGCGGGUGCGUGUCGCCGGGUGAUGGGUGUGGGGUGCGGGUGAAACGCUGGCGUGGCGGUGCCGCAAUUCAUCCACGUGUCUUACCGCGACUGUGCCUUGUGGUCGUGUCAUCCCCCCUCCCCGCCCCGCCAGACGCACCUGUCGCCGGAGUCGCUAUGUUCCGCUGUGGUGUACCGGUCCCCUCCCCUCUGCCUCCGGGCGCGCCGGCCACCGACCAUGCCCCCGGGGUUCCGAAGCCCGGACCAUCCAACUGCAAGUGAAUCUCUCUCAGGGAUGCAUGUACAGUAUUACAAAGCCCAGAGGUGUUUCAGAUGCUGCGUUUGAAUACAUUCGUUCGUUAAUAA